UAUCUCUAUAACAAAAUAAUUACUGAUUUAUAAUAAUGCUACACAGUUAAUAAUUUUUGUAUGCUAUAACGAAGUACAUACAGUUUUUUUUAUACGAUAGCGCAGAUCACCUUGUAAAUAUUGUUAAAAUGGCUACGCUAUAUCGCGUCUUAAAUUACUUAGGAAAAAAUAUAUUAUCGAUAGGACAGAAUAGAAAUAUAUCGUUAUCUUCAACAACGCGUAUUAAGGAAAUCAUAGAAAAGAAAGAAGGAAACACAUUAACUAUUGAAGCCGUGAUUAAACCAGACCCAUAUGAAGGGCGGUUCUUAAAACCUAAAAACGGUGCAUGUCCUAUUUGUUCUUCUGGUCUUAACAUUAAACAUACAGAUGUACUUAUCCUAAAUCAAUUUGUUAGAUCAGAUGGAUGCAUAUUACCACGUAGGAUUACAGGUCUUUGCAAGAUGCAACAAAAGAGAAUUAGUUCAUUGAUCAUAAUGGCUCAAUAUGCAGGAUUAAUGCAAAGGAGAGCUCCUGGAGGUGGUUUACUUCAUCCUUUACAAAGAAGGAAAUGGAAAAAAUUUAAUAGCUACUACUGUGAAAGAACUAUUAAAGCUAGAUAUAAGUAAUAGUUUACAAACAGUAUAAUAAAUGAUUGAACAAUAUUAUAGUA